CACACUUUUCGUCGGAGAAAACAAUUGUUGCUUUAUUUACAUAUAUCAAAUUAUACUGUUUUAAAAUGCAAGCAGAUAUAAAUAAUGUUUCCAGUGAUUAUGCUAAGAUCCUGAAGAGCGCUGAUCUGGAAAAGGAGAUAAACCCACUAUGCACAAAUAUAGAUGACAUGCUGGCCAGAUUGGAUGAGUUUGAAACAUUGCUGGCUUCAGUACGUGCCGAGUCGAAUGGAAUGAUGGCCAAUAAUGUGUGCAGUAUCCUCGGAUUUAGCGAGAGUUUCGAAGAGUUAAAAACCAGGAUUGAUAGCCUGGAGGAGUUUGUGGGUGUAGUAAGUGCAAAUCUGACGGAAGUGGAGAGGUCGGUGGAUAUAGCUGAGGAAGAACUGCAUGUUACGGAUUAUAGUAUUAAAGGUCUUCUUUUGAAACCUUUAAAAGCCAAGCUAAGUGCCAGCGAUUCCACGACAACAAACUCUCUGCCACGUUCUAAUCUUAUUGAAGAGGAAUAUCAACCUGUAGAGAUCUACAAGUCCGAUGAUUAUUUUGGAAAGUCACAAGUAGAAGCAGUGGAGGAGGAUCUUAUUAAGAAAAACUAACUAGCUAGACAAAUGAAUAUUAACUAAGUAACUAGAAUAAAUGUAAGUAGUUUGAGCUUUUAAAUGUUAUCUUAUCUUAAAUAGAACAAUUUUAGGAUCGGUCCAUAUUUCUUUCCCCCAAAUAAAAUAUGGAUGUUUUACUGUA